GGAAGAGGAAGAGGAAGAGGAAGAGGACAGGGAAGGCGACAGGAGCCAGAGGGAAAUGGUCAGCCAUGGCAGGGGAUGGACGUGGAUGACAUCAUACCACCACAACCAUCAUUCAACCCCGCUCGCGCUCCAGGGCCCCAGGUCGUGGGGGGGGUGCAAUACACCAUACUGCAACUCUUCAUGCUCUUCAUGACAAGAAACACCCUACAGACAAUAGUAAAUCACUCUAACAUAUAUGGACAAAGGAACCACCCUCAUAGAUGGCAUCAGAUGUCCCUGGAGGAUCUGCUUUCAUAUAUUGGUAUGGUGAUUUACAUGGGCCUAGUUGGGGCCAAGUCUGUAAGGGACUACUGGGCGAAGAACGAACUUUACAAUUUCCCCUUCCCCACAUCUAUGUUGUCCGGGAGAAGAUUUGCAGCUGUCUCCAGCAUGCUGCAUAUUAGCCACCCAGACAGUGAUGCAGAGAAUGACAGGAGGAGGGGAACACAGGCCUACGAUCGUCUGUGCAAGAUCCGCCCUCUCUAUGACGAGAUUAGGACCGCGUGUAAAGCUCACUACCAUCCCCAACAACACAUUGCAGUGGAUGAAAGGAUGGUGAAAUCAAAAGCCCGCUCCAUCCUCCGCCAGUAUAUGAAAGACAAGCCCACUAAGUGGGGGUAUAAACUUUUUGUGCUGGCAGAUUCAUCAAACGGAUACACAUGGGACUUUUUUGUAUAUGAGGGGAGAAACAUGGCACUUCAAAAGGGGCUCAGCUAUGAUUCAGUCAUGAAUCUCGUGGACACGCGUGUGCUUGGCCAGGGCUAUAAGCUCUAUGUGGACAACUUCUAUACUAGCCCUACCCUGUUCAAGGACCUCCUGGCCGAGAAGGUAUGGGCUUGUGGAACAAUUAGAGAACAGCGAAUAGGCUACCCGAGAGGACGUCCAGGAGCUCUCACCUCUCAGUCACCACGUGGUACCAUCCGCUGGAUAAGAGAUGAUCCCGUUCUUUUUGUCCAGUGGAAGGACACGAGGGACGUCCGCUUGUGCUCCACAAUGCACACAGCCCACAACCCACAGACCACCGUUCAGAGGAGGGUCAGAGGGACAGAUGGCCGGUGGCAGCUGAAGUCCAUCCCUGCCCCACCAGCUGUCACUGAUUAUAACAAACAUAUGGGGGGAGUGGACCUCUCUGAUGCCAUGAUCGGGUUUUACAACACCGUUCACAAGACCAGGAAGUGGCACAGGACGUUCUUCUAUCACUUUCUGGACAUUGCCAUCGUGAACGCCUUUGUACUUCAUUCCUGUAUGGCAGCAGAGAGGCAUGAGACCCCCCUUACACAGAAGGCGUUCCGGGAGGCCCUGGUGUUGGAGCUGAAGGCAGCGGGGUCACCUUCAACUGGCCCUCCUCCAUCACCUGCUCCAGCUCCCCAAGGUGCACAUCACAAACUGAGGCACUACACGGAAGAUGGCACAGCAGGGAGGCGGAGGUGUGUGAACUGUUCCCUGAAGAGCACCACAGAGUGCACUUCAUGCCAGGUAGUGCUGUGCUUUACGGUGAAGAGGGACUGCUACAAUGAGUGGCAUACAAAGAACAAUUUGUAGGACUCCCCCCUCCC